GCGGUUUGCAAAAAAAAAAACAAAACAAAAACAAUGCUCUUCUACUCGUUCUUCAAAUCCCUGGUUGGCAAGGAAGUCGUUGUCGAACUGAAAAAUGACCUCAGCAUAUGCGGGACACUGCACUCGGUGGACCAAUAUCUGAACAUAAAGCUGACGGACAUCAGUGUGACGGAUCCUGACAAAUACCCGCACAUGCUCAGCGUGAAGAACUGCUUCAUCCGCGGGUCUGUCGUUCGCUACGUCCAGCUGCCCGGCGAAGAGGUGGACACCCAGCUGUUGCAAGACGCCGCCCGCAAAGAGGCCGUGGUGAGCACGCGGUAGAGAGUGGGCAUUCCCCACCCCCUUUUUUAUGUGUACUUCGAGGCGUAUAUUAAGUAAACUCUUGUGCUCCCCGCCCUACACCUAAGUGAAAGAAACAUUUGUUAUAGCAAAACGAAGAGAAAUUGAAUCCAAAAUAAAAGGAACACUCAACGCGAA